AUGUUCCAGCCGUAUGGUGCUCCCAGUGUUCGGCAUCCGCCAUCUGCGGCCCUUGGCAUCAUCACCUUCAGCUUCAACUUCCAGGCAGCCACAUUUGCUAUUUCCGACGCUGCAGCAACAGUAGUAGCUCCUCCACCUAAAGCUUCUGCUAUUCCUCAUAGGCACUGUCAUGUUGGACACUCACUAUACCAUGGCUUCUCUAUCCGCUCAUUCCAACAUCCACCGUCUCCCCACCAUCCUCUCCAAUCCAGGGGUAAAAAGACCACCACCACCGUAAAGCUCUCCGAUUUGCCUCAGGGGCUUAUUCAACCGAAACCAGCAUCUCCUCUACCAACGUCAUCGUCAGUUUCGUCUCCCCACGAUGAGUCGACAGAGGCUUUGCCGCUCCCGCUGCCGCCACUACCCCAAGAUCCUCCCGCGUAUCCUACAGUGCUACUUCAAGCCCGUCAGAAUAUGCUCAAGUUUGAUAAGUGUGUGUUGCUGACGCGAGUGGGCGGUUUCUAUGAGCUCUACUUUGAACACGCUGAGGAGUACGGACCCCUGUUAAACAUCAAGGUAGCUAACAAAAAGACAAAUGCUGGUCCUGUCCCCAUGGCAGGUUUCCCCUUCUUCCAGCUCGAUCGUUUCCUCAAAAUUCUCGUUCAAGAUCUCGGCCGCCAUGUCGCGAUCGCUGAGGAGUAUCCAAACUCUCCCACAGAAAAGGUCAGAUCAGGUGGGUUGAUGCAUGACCGUCGAGUUGCUCGUAUCAUUACUCCCGGGACUCUAAUCGAUGAGAAUUUUAUGGACCCAUAUGCCAACAACUACGUGAUGGCGAUUCAUAUUGACUCAAGCAUCAAAGUCACAAAUACCGUCACUGAUGUAAAGACCGUUAUCGGCCGAGUGGCAGGCUCAGGAGGAGGACUAGCGGGCCAUGGACCCGAAUCAGCCCACCCAUUACCAUCAGCUGUUGGCGUUGGCCGAGGUGCUGGACAGUCUCAGGGGUUCCAAGACGCCGUGUCACUCGGCCUAGCAUGGCUUGAUCUCUCAACCGGCUACUUCUGCACUCAAGAAGCCAAUCUUGCAUCUUUACCGACGAUCUUGUCCCGACUAUGCCCGCGCGAGCUUCUCUUAGACCAGACACUGCAAUCUUGCCCUGACAAUGGCCUAUCUGACCUCCUCGCUGAGGAUCGUCACAUCAUCUCAUACGCACCCCGCCCGCAUGAUUCCUCGCUGUUCCAUCCGGAAAACUGGACGCCCAUGCUGGAGUGUGCCCUAGCUAAACAUGAAGUAUCCGCCUUCUCACCAGCUGAGGUACACGCUGCCGGCUUUCUUCUUGGUUAUGUCAAGGAUCAGCUGCAAGGCAUGAGUAUGAAGUUGCAACCUCCGCUAAGGAACAAAGACAUGCAGGUCAUGGCUGUCGAUAAAAAUAGCAUGCGUGCCCUUGAGAUCAAGCAAACCAUUCGUGAUGGCGUGUUCCGGGGUAGUUUGCUGCAUGCCAUUCGUCGCACUGUUACGAAAAGCGGUGCUCGACUUCUCAACGAGUGGUUGAGUGCACCGUCCACGUCUCUUGAGCUCAUCACUCGUAGACAAGACCUCGUCACCCGCUUCAUCGAUGAUGUAAACCUGAGUGACUCCAUAAUCCUCUUGUUGCGUAGGAGCCACGACUCUCAGCGACUUGUUCAGAAAUUCACACUUGGCCGUGGCGAUGCUGAUGACCUCCUCGAUUUGGCGAGUACUAUCGAUGCGACCAGGGAUGUCGUGAAUCUCUUGGAAAAGGCCAACGUUGCAUUUCGCAAGUCACAGCACCACUGCCUAACUUCAUUGAUAUCUCGAAUCAGUCUCACGCAGCCCCUGAAACUUUCCCAGCGUAUCAGAGAUGCAAUUGAUGAAGAAGGUAUUGUGUUACAGCAUGACGUCCAAGACUCCGAGGCCAGUCAGAUGUUGGCCCUUGCUGAGAUUGUCGUUAGCAACGAAGGUUCGCAGGACGAUGCGGCAUCUCUUCCUAAGGGCAAGCGAAAACGACCCGUCAGUAUUCGGGAUUAUUACGCCGAAGAGAAUGGAGCCUGGGUCAUGAGACCUGCUGCGAGCCCAAACUUAGCAAAGCUUCACACUGAUCUCGCGACUUUGACAGAAGAGAAAACGACACUCAACCAGACCCUCCGCCAAAGCUUCAAUGCUCCAAGUCUAUCCCUCAAGUGGACACCCAGUCUUGGCCACAUUGCCCAUAUCAAGGGCAAAGACGCUCGAAAUCUCACUGAUGUACAAGCUCUGUCCUCGAGUCGUUCUACGCGAUCUUUUCACAUCUCCGAAUGGACACUUCUCGGGCAGCGUAUGGACCAAGUUCGCGCCCAGAUUCGCGCUGAAGAACAAGCCGUGUUCUACUCCCUUCGGGAACUUGUCGUCAAAAAUCUCGUCAAGCUGCGCCGUAAUGCCGCUGUCCUCGAUGAACUUGACAUUACGACCUCCUUCGCUAAGUUGGCUCGGGAGCAAAACCUCGUCCGGCCCGUUCUGAACAACACGACUAGUCACACCAUUAUAGGCGGCAGACAUCCCACUGUUGAGGGAGGCCUAUAUGAGCAGGGUCGAAGUUUUGUGAGGAACGACUGUCUGGUUGGAUCGCCAACUGACGGCCGGAUCUGGCUGAUCACAGGUCCCAACAUGGCCGGCAAAAGUACGUUUCUACGCCAGAAUGCUCUCAUCACGAUCUUGGCCCAGAUCGGUUGCUACGUACCUGCAUCAUACGCAGAAUUGGGGAUUGUAGAUGCUAUCUUUAGCCGAGUGGGCUCAGCUGACAACCUCUACCGCGAUCAAAGCACAUUUAUGGUAGAGAUGCUGGAAACAGCAGCGAUCCUCAAGCAAGCAUCACCACGGUCUUUCGUCAUAAUGGAUGAGAUCGGUCGAGGAACCACGCCAGAGGACGGCACAGCUGUCGCCUUUGCAUGCCUGCAUCACCUCGCGACCGUCAACCAAUGCCGCACCCUUUUUGCGACACACUUCCACUCUGUAGCCGACUUGGCUCAAGCAGAGGGGUUGUGUUCAGCCGAGGCAGGUAUUGUUCAGACAUAUUGCACCAAUGUAGUCGAGGAUGAUGAGGGAGGUUUUUUCUACAACCACAAACUUCAGAGAGGUAUCAACCGACAAAGCCACGCACUGAAAGUUGCAAGGCUCGCUGGGCUACCGGAUCGAGCCAUUGAGGUAGCGAAACGUGCCUUGAAGCAAGAUAACAACAUAUAG